AUGGACACUUCCGCAAUUGGAAAUUCUGUUAGAAAUGAAAAUGAUGAAUAUGCAGAUGAAGAUGAUGUUUUUGUUGAUGAUUCUGAUGAUGAAGAACUUGAACCUAUCACUCUUGGUUUUCUUGAAAAGCCGAAAAAUCGUUGGACUCUUUCUCGUCAGUUUUUCCCAAGCAAAGCUGGAGGACUCCCGGCUUGGCUCGACCCUCUGAAUAUUCCAUCUGGGAAGUCUUCUGUGUGUGACUUUUGUGGAGACCCUUUACAUUUUGUGCUUCAGGUUUAUGCACCAGUUGUUGAGAAGGAUAGUACAUUUCACCGGAUGCUAUUUGUUUUCAUGUGUCCUUCCAUGACAUGUCUUCUCAGAGAUCAGCAUGAACAAUGGAAACGCAAUCCAGAGAAACCAUCCAGAAGUGUGAAGGUUUUCCGUUGCCAGUUACCUCGCAUUAAUCCUUUUUACUUGAGUGAAUGUCCCAAAUAUGAUGGAAAUGACAUACCUACUGGCAGUGGAGCUGCUCUAUGUGAUUGGUGUGGUACUUGGAAAGGAGACAAGCUCUGCAGCAGUUGCAAACAAGUGCGGUAUUGCUCCGAGAAACACCAGUCCAUGAGUUGGCGUGCAGAGCAUAAAAUUGCUUGCCAGCAAAUAAAAAUUUCUUCACCUGCUCUUGGACCCAACAAAAAUGGAACCACCUCGUUGGAGUCGGGUAAAGUUGGAAACAAAAACAUAUGGCCUGAAUUUGAGAUCAUCGAAGAUCAAAGUGAAUGUAAUGUAGAUACAACUGAGGAUAAUACUUUAUCUAAUUCCUUGAUCUCAAGAAAUAGGAGUGAUGACACUAUGAAUUCACUCAUGGAUAGUUUUCAGGGCGAUGAUGACAAAAAGAGUUGGGCCCACUUCCAGGAACGCAUUGCCAAUGCCCCUGAACAAGUGUUGAGGUAUUAUAGGAAUUCUAAUGCUAAGCCAAUUUGGCCCAUUUUAAGUGGCCGGCCAUCGAAAGAUGAUAUCCCUAAAUGCAGCUAUUGCGGUGGAUCCAUGUGUUGUGAAUUUCAGAUUUUGCCACAGCUGUUGUAUUAUUUCGGGGUGGAGAAUGAAACAAACUCUUUGGAUUGGGCUUCGAUUGUUGUGUAUGCAUGUGAAGCCUCUUGUGAAGCAAGUUUGCCUUACAAGAAUGAAUUUCCUUGGGUUCAACUUUAUUCACCUUCUGCUGCUGCCCAUUGA